CCCAUUCAAUGAUUCAUUCGGUUCCCUCUCGUCUUAGCUUCCAUGAGUCUCUGCAAGGACUGUAUCUCAGGUGUCACUCACGAGGGUACUCCGACCGGUAAAAUUGAGCAGAUCGGCGGAGUAGAAUGCUAUGUUGCUACUCCUGCGGGGGAGUACCCCAACAACAAAGUUAUUCUGUUCUUGCCAGACGCUUUCGGGAUAACUCUCCCGAAUAAUCAGCUGCUUGCAGAUGAUUUCGCUAAGAAUGGGUAUAAGACCAUCAUACCCGACUAUUUUAACGGCGACCCUGUACCUGCUGAUGCUUUGGAACCUGGUAGGACAUUCGACUUCGCAAAAUGGUUGCCUAACCAUUCACCCGCACAUACUCGCCCUCCUUUGGAUAAGGUCGUCGCUGCUUUGAAAGACUCUGGAGUAAUAGAAUUCGGCGCUACUGGUUACUGCUUCGGAGGUCGCUACGUCUUCGAUCUGGCCUUUGAAGAUGUUCUCAAAGUAGCCGUCGUAUCUCACCCAUCCCUUCUCAAAUUCCCUGAUGAUUUCGAGAAAUAUGCCACUACCGUCAAAGCGCCCCUUCUCAUUGAUAGCUGCACGAUCGAUCAGAUGUUCCCAAAGGAAAUUCACGAGAAAACCGAUGAGUUGUUUGCCAAGUUCUCUCCGGGGUACAAGCGUGAAUACUGGGAGGGCUGUACGCAUGGAUUCGCUGUUCGUGGCGAUAUAAGCGAUCCUAAGGUCAAGGCCGGGAAGGAGGGGGCUUUUAAGGCAGCUGCCCAAUGGUUCCGAAGCUAUCUGUAG